AUGAGUGGUUUGGAACAAAUCUUCAACAUAUUACAUCAAAAUAUUAUUGAAGGAAAAUUAUAUGAAGCACUAAUGCAAUAUAAGUCUUUAUUCAAUAGAUAUUCAAGACGUUCUAUUGAACAUGGAAUUGCUAUUAUACAAGAUGGAGUUGAACAAUUAUCAAAACAAAAUGAUUUAACGUCAUACUUUGGGUUAAUUGAAUUUUAUGAGAAGUAUUUAGAAACACAUAGAAAUCUUAUUAACGAUAAGUCAAUUGUUCCAUUUAAUAAUAUUAUUGAAAUACCUGCUUCAGAAGAUAAAAUUAAACAAGAAGAAGCUAUUAUUCAAUUAUUAAAUCAAACUUCUUUUAAUGACAUUAAAAUAAGAUUAAAUAAGGAUUUAGGUAUUAGUUAUAUGAAUAUUGGUAAUAUCAAUAAAGCUCUUGAAUCAUUCAUUAAUGAUAUUAAUGAUAUUGUUAUGUUAUUUGAUUAUGUAAAACAACACAAUAAUAUCCCUAUGGAACAAUUAACAUUAUUAUGUGUCCUUAAAGUUUUAUUAUCAAAUACUCCAACUAAUGCAAGAAAAAUUUAUCAAUUAAUACAAGACAAAUAUAAUUCUCUUUUAUCUUCUCAAGCAAUUCAAGUUAGUAUUAUUUAUAUUAUAUUAAUAAUGAAAGUGGUUGAUAAGAAAGAUAAAAAAGAAGAUAUUGAAAUUGCAUUUAAAAAAGCAACUUCAUCUUUUGAAACCAUUUUAAAAGAAAACCAAGUUUUAGUUUUUGUUGAUGAACUUCAUUCUAAGUACUUUGCUAAACCACAAUCAUCACCUAAUCUAUUCGCAUCAUUAAUGGAAUCAAUGAUGCAAGGAGGACAACAUUAA